AACAGAUUUUUCAAAAAUGUGAAUUUAUCUUAAUUUAACAGUCAUCUAUGACAGUCUUCUGAUAACCCGAGAAGUGUAUUAGUGGUUUUGUUAAAAAUUGAUGAUUUUUUUCUUUCGUUUGAAAAUCGCAUUGUGAACACCUUUUCGGAUAAAACAGUUAAUUUGGUUAAUUAUAAAAUACGAUUUUUAAGGAUAUAUAAAGAAAUUUACAAAAUCUGAGGAUUUUUUGGCAUCCCUAUAUAGAAGUUUAUUCUGAUACCAUCAAUAAAGCGGGAUGUCGUUCAAAGGAUCGCCUGUAUCCAUGCAUCGACCAGUGACCACACAGACGACAUCAGCUUUGAAUAUCAGAACAUCGACCCCAAAAGUCGUGUAUCCAUCUGUCGGGCGUCAAAUGACGUCACCACGAUGCUGUGAAACCGGACGUCCGGUGAUGAUGGACCCAGUGACUGGUGCCGCAAUAUGUUCCUGUCAGUUAAAAUCUGGAAUACCAAGUUACCUGUCAAGGGUACCAAGUUUACCGGAAACAGUUUACGGAGCUGCAGCCGGGCAACAGUAUCCUCCAAAUGUCGUCAUGGGAAACGAAGCAACGUCAGCCUUUUAUCAAAUGGCGCAUAGUUUGAAGGCAGAGAGAGCAACAGACGGUCUGAAAGCAGCGCCUCCUGGCGUCAAUUCACCGUACUACUUAGAGCACCUGAUGGCAGCACACCCUUACAAUGCAUUUUACUCAGGGUUUGACAUAAACAGUGCUCGAAGAAAGAACGCCACCAGAGAGACAACAAGUGCCCUGAAGGCAUGGCUGUACGAACAUCGUAAAAACCCGUAUCCUACCAAAGGCGAGAAAAUAAUGCUCGCCAUUAUUACAAGAAUGACCUUGACACAAGUAUCCACGUGGUUUGCCAAUGCCAGAAGGAGGCUGAAGAAAGAAUCAAAGAUGGACGACAAAGAUAUUGACCUAAGUGACCUCGAUGUUGACGACCAAUCAGAGAGUAACCGGGAUGUGACCCACCUUUCUGUUAGUGAAGAUGAUGACAGCCACAACCUAACAACCGAUCUGUCCGAUAUUUCAGACGCGGAGGAAUCUUCAACGAAUAACAUAGCGCCAAAGAACUAUAUUCAGAGAAUGUUACCUGCAGAUCAAAGAGUUGGUUCAGACUUUGAAAAAUAUUCAAAUGAAAUAACUAAUGGAAAUGUAGAUACAAAAGAUACCUCAAAUGAACCAAGUGUCAAAGCACUGAAAAACAGUACCACUACUUCCGGUUUAGAUGUAGACCAAUUACGUAAUCAGUCACGCGAGCGAAACACUUCCGGGCAGCAUAUACCACAAGCCAGACCAAAAAUCUGGUCUAUUUCAGAAAUAAUCAGUCCAAAAAGUGAGAAGGAAAAAACAUCUGUUUGAUCAACAUUUUAAAUUUCAUUAAUUGUAUGUUUAACGUGUGUACAUUGAUCUACCUAACAUUACAUUAUAUUGAAAAGGAUGUGUUUGUGAUUUGAAGUGACUCAAAACAUUUUAUUUGUGAUAAUAAAUGUGCUAUGCAAACAUCGAUUCAGGAAAACAAAAACUGUACAAAGACCAUUCACUUUGGUCGACAUUCGAGGCUGUUGUCUAUAUUCGAACGAGGUCCUUCAGUUGAGGUAUUCGUCAUACAUGUAUUUAUGUUCAUUGCAAAAUGGUGAAAGGAAUCAGCAGUCUUUGAUAGAGGAAUCUAAUAUAGAUGCUGUGUUGUGUUAAAGGUGGUCUUUAAACAAGAGUUUGUUAGUUUAAUUGAUGGUCUUUAAACAAGAGUUUGUUAGUUUAAUUGAUAGUUUUUAAACAAGGGUGUGUUAGUUUAAUUGAUGGUCUUUUAACAAGGGUGUGUUAGUUUAAUUGAUGGUCUUUAAACAAGAGUUUGUUAGUUUAAUUUUUAAUCAUAAAUCGUUUAUUAUUCUCUGUUUAAAUAUAUGUCUCUGUCUUUUAUAGAGAGGUUAAAAAGGUCUUCCAAAAUAUUUGCACAAAUUGUCUGAUAUGAUAUUUAUAUAUAUAUUUUUGUAGUCAUUGUUAGAAAUAAUAUCACUCAUUGCUAAGUAUUUUGUAUCUUACAGAUUGAAUAAAAAAAACAAUUG